AUGUGCUUUGAUCAAAUUUGCGAGGACUUAAUCGCAAUUCAAUCACGAAGACUGGAAACCAUUUUGACGAAGGGUAAUCUCUUCCAAAGCUUUUCUCUGAGUGGAAAUGACCUCAAAAGAAUUGAUAAGUUCUCGGUACUUUCGCGUUACAUUUGCACCCAUUCACAAAGAGAUCAAAACCCCCCCAUGCCUGACACCUUCAUGACCCGACCACUUUCCAGAUCCACAAGUAUCCUUAAAGUACGAGAUCGCUUGAAUAUGCUCAUGGGCCACUCGUUGCACGAUGACGAGGAUGAAUAUAUUUGUUUCGAAGCGCCAGCGGCCAGAACUCUCUUUCACACACAUGAAGACUGCUUAAUCUACAAAUAUCUCUUAUACAGGGACAGAUAUAAAAGCAAAGUGCACGUUCUUUACUUCAAGUGGUGGUUAUGGUUUGAGGACGAAAAAGGUGGAAGAAUGGAGGAAUUAAUUGAAACGGCGGGCCAGCUUGAGAUUAAAAUGAAAGAUAUCCACCGUACACUUCAAACAGCUGCGAACGAGGGAAAAGUUCUCUCUACCCAUAUAAUGCGGAUGGGAAUUGAGCCUUUAGCCUCAAGUCCGCUUCUUGAACAUGGCGACUGUAUUACUUUGAGAGCGGAUAUUGGUUGCGCCGUGCCCUUUUUUGAUUCUGUCGCACACCUUCUAUUGAAGGACGAACUCUAUUAUCCGGCAGACAUGAGCAGUACGUAUACAGACCUGACAAAAUUGAAGCAAAGUGGUUAA